AGGGAUCUGCCAAGGGGAGGGCCUUGGGGAAACUUCGGGUAAACAGAGGCGGAAAGGGCAGAGAAUAAACAAAGAGAGACAGAGCGAAAGAAGCCAAGGACAGCCUGGUCGCUGCUUUAUGACUCCUGGCUUCCUGGAGCCAAACUUCGGACUCCAUCCAAAGCGUCGUUCUGUGGCUAAAUCCGUCGGCACCAAGGGAUGGCCAGCAGUCCUUGCAAUCGCUGGGCCAAGAAAGCCAAAAACCCCAUCCAGGCCCAUUAUUACGAAGGGUUUGUGGAAAAGAAAAGCCCAGGAGAAAAGGAUUACAAGAAAUAUUGGGCAGGACUCCAUGGAUUGACUCUCUAUUUCUACAACACCAACAGAGAUGUUCAGUACGUUGAGAAAAUCGAGCUGGCCGACUUCGUCUCCUUCACUGAUGACAACCCUCCGAGGUCGGUGGCCAGCUGGUCCAGGACCGAAGCCAAGCUGAAUCUGAGGUUGAGAAGCCAAGAUGUCAACCUGAAGAUGGAAAGCUUGGAGUCUCGGGAGAUGUGGAAGGGAUUUAUCCUCACUGUGGUAGAAAUGAAAGUCCCUCCAAGUUUGACUUUGCUUCCUGGACAUAUUUAUAUGUUGACCGAAGCCCUUCAGAAAGAAAAGGAACGGAGGCAGAAGCUGGAGCAACCAGAUCCAAGAAAAGAGAAGGAACUUCCAGACUGUUUCUUCAUGGUGUCCAGAACGGAGGCAGAGGUGCUUUUGGAGAAGAACGAAAACUGUGGCAAUAUGCUGCUGCGUCCAGGACGGGAUUGCCAAAGCAUCUCUCUGUCCACCCGGCAGAAACUGAAUGGAACUGUGACUAUUAAGCACUACAAGAUCAAUGUGGAUGGUGGAGAGUAUGUCAUUGAUGUCGAAGAACCGCAUCGCUGCUCCUCGCUCCAGGAGGUGGUGGAUUUCUUUGUCAACAAUAGUCGACGGGUCCUUGUGCCUUUGUCCCUGGAUGAGAGCUAUGCAAUGACUUUGGAAAUCAUGGAGAUGGAUAAAGAAAGUGGAGAGAGUACCUCGAUUCCUGCCCGGGUGCCCCCUGUGCCACCGCACUACCCCAAAGGUUCCCCUGGAGGACAAAAACCUCCCUUAGCUCCUCGAACCCGAGCCUUUCUGCCUCCCAUUCCUCCUGUUAAGCCCCCUCUUCCCAGGGCUGCCUCCCAGCCUGAGAAUGUAUAUAUGGAAGAAGAUCCUCCAGAUCAGACCUACAUGAAUGACAAACCCAUGGUCCAGUCAGGAGCCAUGUGGAAAGCCCUUCCGGAUCGUGUGGCCCCGAUCCCAGCCCAGAAACCAUGCGAGAGAGCCCCAAAGACCAUGGAGAGGACUUCUUCCCGUUUGGGAAUGUCUCUACCCAGAAACUUUUCCAUUGGGAUGUCCGAAGAACUGGAACGAAAACUUCAGGAACGGAGAGCGACUCUUCAAGAAUGAAGGAAGCCAUAGUCCUCUUAAAAUAUCCAUGGAAGAGCCAAACAGAGGAAGACGUUUUCCAGGGCAAAAAUGUGUCCGAAUCUCAAAGGAUGUCUGUCCAUCCUUCAACCAACUUUUCUCCGCUGAUAAAAUCUAAUCUAGGAAA